AAGAUUCAUACUUUUAUCAAAUCUCGCUAACCCCAUUUCGAAACUCGAUUUGGGUGUUGUCGUUUCGCUUUCCCUUUCGUUUUCGUCACUUCCUAAUCGCUAUUACAUUUUGUUGUGUAGUCAAUUUUGUAUCAUCAACUUUUUUGCCACCUAACGAUUUUUGUACAACUCACCUAGUUAUUAUGCUUUGCUUUGAGCUUAAAGUUUCACUUCAUUGUUUUGUUGUUUUUCUGAUGUUUUGUUUUGAUGGGUUUUGAUUCUUUUGUUUACUUCAUCCAGAAAUUGAGUUGCUUCUGAAUUGGGGUUGUACAAUUAUAUGUAUGAGGCCUUAACGAGUUGCUGGUGAGAAUGGAUGAUCUAGCAGGUCUACUUGAGGCAACAGGAUCUAGAUUCACUUCUUUAGAGCUUAUUGGACAGGGAUCAUUUGGCGACGUAUAUAAAGGGUUUGACAAGGAGCUCAACAAAGAAGUUGCCAUCAAAGUGAUUGAUUUGGAAGAAUCAGAGGAUGACAUUGACGAUAUUCAAAAGGAAAUUUCUGUUCUGUCACAAUGUCGAUGUCCGUACAUUACCGAGUAUUAUGGUUCUUUUCUCAAUCAAACUAAACUAUGGAUAAUAAUGGAAUAUAUGGCUGGCGGCUCUGUUGCUGAUCUACUCCAAUCAGGUCCUCCCCUUGAUGAAAUGUCAAUUGCUUACAUUCUUCGCGAUCUGUUGCAUGCUGUCGAUUACCUACAUAAUGAAGGAAAAAUUCAUAGAGACAUUAAAGCUGCAAACAUUUUAUUGUCUGAGAAUGGUGAUGUAAAGGUUGCAGAUUUUGGUGUUUCUGCACAAUUAACAAGGACUAUAUCGAGGAGAAAGACAUUUGUAGGAACACCAUUCUGGAUGGCGCCUGAGGUUAUUCAGAACACAGAUGGAUAUAAUGAGAAGGCAGAUAUCUGGUCUCUAGGAAUCACUGCAAUUGAGAUGGCAAAGGGGGAGCCUCCACUUGCUGAUCUUCACCCCAUGAGAGUGCUUUUCAUCAUACCUCGAGAAAAUCCUCCACAGCUAGAUGACCAUUUUUCUCGCCCCAUGAAAGAGUUCGUUUCAUCAUGUUUGAAGAAGGUUCCUGCUGAGAGGCCAAGUGCUAAGGAACUUCUCAAAGACCGUUUUAUUCGGAAUGCUAGGAAGAGUCCAAAGCUUUUGGAAAGAAUAAGUAGGGAGCGUCCAAAAUACCAGAUAAAGGAAGAACUGGGGACACCUAGAAAUGGCCCAAGAGGGGUUGGGGAGGGAUCGGAUACUAUGAAGGUAGCAAGAGAUUUUAGAGUCGAAGAAACCAAUCGAUCCAGUCAGGGUAAAACGUUGAAAAGUUCUGAAUGGGACUUUAGCAUUGGUGAAUCAGAGGGUACUGGAACCUUUCGAAGUGUUGCACGGCCACCUCAGUCUAGAGAUAAGAAAACUGAUGUUUCAUAUAACCAGCUUACCCAAAGAAAAGCUUUAGACGCUGGCUAUCAAGGGGGAUCCACCAAUAAAAGUGCACUCAAUCAAUCACUUGAAAGUUCCUUCGGAAAAGAUCAUAGAGCUCCUUACCAUCAUGAGCAUCCGGAUAAUCAACUAGACGAUGAUGAAUUAUCUGGGAAUGGAACAGGAACUGUUGUUAUACGCUCUCCAAAAGGAUCAAGGCCAUCUGUGUUUCGUGACCAUAGCUCCCAGGAUGAAUUGUCUGAGAAUGGAACAGGAACUGUUGUUGUUCGAUCUCCAAAAGGACCAAAGCCAUCUAUGUUUCGUGAUCAGAGCUCCGUGUCCAGCAGCAGCUAUGCUUCUUUUGAAGAUGUUUCUACGAGUGGAACCGUUGUUUUACGUGGCCAUCAGGACGAUUCUGAUUCUCCACGGACUCCGAGGUCCCGACUGGGACUUCAUGACAGAAAUUCAAAUGCUUCACUUGAAGAUAGUGCUGCAAACCUAGCUGAGGCAAAGGCUGCUAUCCAAGGAGGGCUAAGAAAAGUGAAUGCUCGGGAGAGACAUUCCCGGGGAAAAAUCAAUAGCGAUGUACAGGAAAGCAAGAAAGACCAAAUGACCAGCAGCACUGAUUCUUCCAGAUCAUAUCGUGAAUACAUUGAUGCACAAAGAGGCAUGUCAAGAUCGCAUUAUGCCAGUGACGAUGAAGAAAGUGCUAGAAUAAUAUCAUCGUCAGCGCCAUUAUCAGUUUUGCUUAUUCCUUCAUUAAAAGAGGCCAUUGCUGAUGAUCCAGAAGGACAAAUCGCGCGGGCAGUUAUGAAUUCUUUAAUAAACAUGGAAGGCACAAAGCCUAGAUCCUCCGAUGUUCUUGUCAGAAAAUUGCUUCAGCGAUUGGCGAGUUCAAAGGAAGAUUCAUUGAAGGACUUGCAAGGACUAGCCAGCCAACUAUUCAGCAAGGCCAAGUCAACAGAAGAAACCCGAAAUGCGGAGGCUGAUAACAGAAGGAAACAACAUAGCAAGGAACCUCAUCCAAAUAGCAACUUAAGCCCGCUUGCAAGAUUUCUUCUAUCAAGAUGGCAAGGCCAAACCUCGCGGGAUCUAAACCAAUCUUGAGCCAAGUGAGAAGUUACCAUUUUGUGUGAUUUUACUCUGUUGAUGCAUUUAUUUUAAUUAAAUGUACAUAUAUAUCAUUGUAAGAAAUUGCUCUUCUAAUUUCUAUUAGUAUUACUAUUAUUAAUCAAUUUGUUUUUCUUUUAAUCUUUUUAUUUCUCAUAGUGAGUGGCAAGAGUGCUGUAUCAUUAAAAAAAAUUCUCAGUAACAUCCAAAUUGUAACAGACCUCAUUGAUUAGUAUUUUCCAAUAGUUGUCUUUUUGGGUAUUGGAGAAUAAGUUAAUGCAUAAAUUAUCCCUUUCCGCCCA